UCAAGUCAUUAACAUAAUGAAGUUUAUCGAUGGUAUAACCAAAGAAUCCUUUCGAAGAAGUGUGUGUCCCCUUCGAUGUAAAAAGUAAAACAAAAAUACCAUAUAAAUAGAAAAAAUAAGAUUCAGAAUAGACGUACCUUCUGUUAAAGAGUAAAUAAAAGAACUGUAAAUAAUAAAUAAAUACAAAUCAAGUAAAUCAAAAACUCGUUCAAUAGUGUAAAUGUCACAAUUAUCGUUCGCCAAAAUGAUGAUGUAACCUGAGACUUCGUUCGCUGAGUUGAUCCUAGUGUACAAGAGUAAGGAAGGGUUGUUUCCUAGAAAGACACUCAAUCCAACACCUUGCCCUAAAGACGAUCAAAUCCUUUAACAAUUCAGCUUCGCCUAAUAAAAUAAAUACCCAAAAUAACCAUAUAUGUUUAUAAGUAGACAGCUAACACAUAAACAUACGACAAUAUGCGCGAGCUUCAAUGAAAACGUACAAACUAUACUAUGCGCCAGUGCUUGAGCGAUAGAUACGACGGCGGCGCGGUGCCGUUGUCGUGAUGGGAAGUACAAACUGUGAUCGUGAACAUCUCGCACUGCGCUGACUGCAGUCCUGGAUUAGCGUACAUGCACAUACCCCUUCUUCUCUCCACAACGUUUUCUGUAAUAGUUAAAUUUCAAGUUCUCAACAAAACAUUACACUCAUUACAAACAAUCUCUCAGAGAUCAGAAGCCGUAUCAUCUAUUGGUUAUCUUUCACUCUAUAAUUGCACCCAUGUCUUCUGGAUCAAGUGAGGUUAAUCCGGAGGCUGAGCGCUCGCUCUGCAAUGGUUUGGAGGGUGAGUACUCCAUGUUCCUUCAUGUCUCUGCGAUUAUCAUUAUAUUGGUUGUCUCUCUUUUUGGUACAACCCUGCCGCUCAUCACGAAGUACAUCCCCUUUCUUCGCAAGAACCCCUUUGUCUUUGUGGUUGCCAAAACGGCAGCGACAGGCGUGCUGCUCUCGGUGUCCAUGAUUCACCUGAUCGGUGAUGCCAUCGAGGCGCUCGACGAGCCAUGUGUGCCUCCCUCCCUUCAUGAAUUUUAUGGACCAUAUGGCUUUUUUUGGUGGUGCUAG